AUGGCAGAUUUGGAGAAAGCUGAGAUUGAGACGCCUUCCUCAGGUAGCGAGGCCACAACGAGGCCAACAUCGCGCGAGGUGCUCACGGAACGAGUGCGAAGGCUCAGCGUCAGCAGUUCCCCAGGACUAGAUGAUGAUCUCGAGCGGCAGAACACCAAUCUUUCGGUCGCAGAAACUAUCAGGCAGAAACUUGGCAACCGACCAGAAUGUUUCAAGAACACGAUACAGGAAGUCUCAUUUGUUGCGCAGGCGACUAUCGCAAUGGCAUCAAAUCCAUUCCUCACCGGGGCCACGUCGACUGUCACCGCUACCAUUGGACGGGAACUGGGGAUGACGCAGGGCCAAAUCUCAUGGAUCGCGGCGUCGACGACCCUAACAGCCGGGUCCUUCCAGCUCGCGCUGGGCCAAUUGUCUGACCUGCUCGGCCGGAGGAUGUUGUUCCUCUGUGGCAUGAGCUCAUACGCCGUCUUCGUCCUGCUUGUUGGCUUCGCUCAGAACCCCUUCUGGAUGGACGUCGUCCUCGGUGUCCUCGGUGUCUCCUCCGCCAUGAUCGUGCCACCUGCAGGGGGUAUAUUGGGAGCAGCGUAUGGCAAGCCGAGCAAACGCAAGAACUUGGCCUUUUCGGCUUUCACUGCUGGUAAAUCUUUGGGGACCGUUGCGGGAAGUAUCACCUGUGGUAUAGCUGCGAGGCUGUUUAAUUGGCGCGCUUCGUUCUUCUUCAUUGCCAUUCUCUUUGCAGUCUUCUUCCUACACGCCCUAUGGGCUGUGCCAAAAGUCGAGGCUUUCGAACCCGGCGAGCCCUUGAAGCAGAGACUAUCAACAUUUGUCAAAAAGUUUGAUGCCUUUGGCGCAGCACUCAUAUUGUUUGGUACUGGCAUGUUCACUGCUGGAAUCACGCUCGGGCCGUCUGACGGCUGGACAUCUCCCGUUACACUCUGCUUGAUGGUCAUUGGAGUCGCUCUUGUGAUGGUGUUUGGCUUCUGGGAGACCAAAAGCGCUUAUCCCCUCAUGCCUCCUUUCAUCUGGAAAGACCGCAACUUCGCGUUGUUGAGUGCGACGACUGUCUUCGGCUACAUGUCCUUCCAAGCUUCAUCUUUCUAUCUGGCAUUCUUUAUGCAAGAAAUCAGGGGAUACGACCCCCUGAGUGUUGCUGUUCACCUUCUCCCACAAGCAAUUGCCGGUUUCCUGUGGAAUAUCCUCAUAGGGUAUACGUUGCACAAAGUUAACAACACAAUAAUCAUAGCCGUCGGGUCACUUGCAUACCUUGGCGCCAACUUACUUCUGUCUCUGAUGCGCGCUGACAGCUCGUAUUGGGCGUUCAUGUUCCCAGCGCUGAUCCUCAACGUCGUGGGCGCGGACUUCCAAACCAACGUCUCCAAUAUGUAUGUAAUGCAAUUCCUGCCAGCGCAUCAGCAGGGUCUGGCAACCGGCGUACAGAAUACCCUUAACCGCCUGAGUGCAACGGUUGGGGUUGGUAUCGCUACGGCCAUCUACAGCUCUGUCGAUAACACGGCCCCGGGAAUGGCCCAUCCGAUGCUGAAAUACACACGGACGUUUGAAGUGUCAGUCGCUAUGGCUGCAGUCAGUGUUCUUUUCGUCCCAUGGCUUCGCCUAGGAACCCAAGGGAAUCAGGACGGCGCCGCGGAGCUUGUUACGGAGAAGAAACAGGCAGAAGCGGUGGCGGAUGCUGGUGCCAGAAGUGAUGGAGUGAGGGAGUGA